AUAUAAAAUUCGCUGUGAUUAAAACCCUAAUUUCUUCUCCACCGUGCGCAUGUUCUGAGCUUUCGAUUUGCUCUCCGUGAGAGUUCGUCGCUGCGGUUGCUGAAGAAGAUUGCAAUAUGAAGUUCAAUGUUGCGAAUCCCACUACUGGAUGCCAGAAAAAGCUCGAGAUCGACGAUGAUCUGAAACUACGAGCAUUUUGGGACAAGAGGAUUUCACAAGAGGUCAAUGGUGAUGCUCUUGGUGAGGAAUUUAAGGGCUAUGUCUUCAAAAUUACUGGUGGGUGUGACAAGCAAGGAUUUCCAAUGAAGCAAGGAGUGCUGACCCCUGGCCGUGUUCGUCUUUUGCUUCACAGGGGAACUCCUUGCUUUCGUGGAUAUGGAAGGCGCAAUGGAGAACGCAGGAGGAAGUCUGUUCGUGGAUGCAUUGUCAGCCCAGACCUCUCUGUCCUGAACUUGGUUAUUGUUAAGAAGGGUGAGAAUGAUUUACCAGGCCUGACCGAUGUUGAGAAGCCAAGGAUGAGAGGGCCUAAGAGAGCAUCCAAAAUUCGUAAGCUGUUCAACCUGUCUAAGGAGGAUGAUGUGAGGAAGUAUGUCAACACUUACCGUAGAACAUUUACAACAAAAGCUGGUAAACUCUCUGGUUCCUUACCAAUGGUUCAAGAUAUUAUUGGUCCUCUUACACUCCAAAGAAAGCGAGCAAGGAUCGCUGAUAAGAAGAAGAGAAUUGCUAAGGCAAAAUCAGAGGCAGCUGAGUACCAGAAGCUACUUGCCUCUAGGUUGAAGGAGCAGAGGGAGCGUCGUAGUGAGAGUGUGGCUAAGAGGAGAUCAAAGUUAUCCAGUGCUUCUAAACCAGCUGCCACUGCCUAGGCUGCUGUCUGAUGUAGAGAUUUGGUAGUUUAAUCAUCACAGUUUUUGGUAACGUAUGAUAUUUUUUGAUGAUGGACUCAUGAUAAGCGCGAAUGGAUUUUGGUAUUUUUGAUACAUUGAGUUAUUGGAGUAUUCUCAUUUGUAGUGUCACUUGUUGAAUUAUUUUUAACUUUUUUAAAAUAUAUGUAUCCAUUUCAUGUGUUACCUCGUUACCUGUAGGUAUAUCCUGCUUUUUAUAUCAUAUUUUAUGGAUUGA